AUGAGCUUGGCAUUUAGUCGCUGCAUUCUUGCCGCCACCACAACAGCUGGUGCUCGGACACCCGCAAUAUCGCGUCCUCUGUCAAGGCUUGCUUAUCAAAAGCACUGGACCGCAAAUAAGAGCCUAGCAGUCACCUUCCAGCAGCGCAGCCAAUACAGCAGUAACAGCGGCCCUCAAAGCAACGGAGGCGACCAAAAGCCAGAUGAAAAGAAAACAUCGGCGCAUGGAUGGUACUGGAUCCCCGUGGGCGCCGGCAUCGCCUACAUCGGCCUCCAGAGGCUCUACCACAUAGAGUCCGAUAAGGCCAGUCAGCAGGCUCGGACAAUCCAGGGAGUAGCCGUCCCCGGCCCAUGGCAGCUACACGUUCUUUCAGCGCUCCCCCUUAAGGCCAUGUCGCGGCUUUUUGGCUCGUUCAACGAAAUCGAAAUCCCUUGUGCCCUGCGCAAACCGCUGCUUCACGUCUACGCGUGGGCCUUUGGCUGCAAUUUGGAUGAGAUGAAGGACCCUGAUCUCUCGCACUACCCAAACUUGUCCACCUUCUUCUACCGCGAGCUGCGCGAUGGCACUCGUCCCGUCGAUGUACGCAGCGAAGUGGCUGUAGUUUCGCCAUCGGACGGCAAGGUUCUGCACUUUGGCGUUGUCGAGCAGCGCGAGGUCGAACAAGUCAAGGGGUUGACGUACAGUUUGGAUGCCUUUUUCGGAAAAGCCGACGAGCCCGCCGUGGCUGCCGCCCAGGAACGGGGCCAGAUUGCCAAUUCCACAUUGGUUGAUGCCUCGCUCUCCAACUCGCACAAUGCCGCGACUGACGACGAGUUUGCCGUGGUCAACAGCAUUCCCUACACACUGGACUCUAUGAUUGGCAGCACAGACGCCCUGGCGCCUGCCUCGCAGUCACUUGGAGCCACCCUGCGUGAUCACGAGAGGCUGUACUUUUGCGUCAUUUAUCUGGCGCCCGGCGACUAUCACCGUUUCCACUCGCCCGCAAACUGGAUUGUCGAGGCGCGUCGCCACUUUGCCGGCGAGCUAUACUCUGUGUCGCCGUAUAUUGCCAGGACGA